GCUGUUGGUCAACUUCUGGAGGCCAAGUUCAAUAGAAUUUCCUUCUUUCAUGUGGAAAAGGAGAAAGCAGGUCUAGUUGAUGAAGUUUUCAAGGACUUUGACUCAAGAAAGUAUGUUUUGAAGGAGAUCAUGGAGGCUCUAGUAACUCCAAGCAUCAACAAGAUUGGGGUGUACGGGAUGCCUGGCGUGGGGAAGACAUUGCUGGCUGGAGAAGUUAAAAGAAAAGCAGAGCAAGAGAAGUUGUUUGAUGCAGUUGUUAUUGCUAAAGUGACAAAGAAUCCAGACUUGAAAAGUAUUCAACAAGAAAUUCAACGAGGCUUGGGUUUAGAGCUUCCUGAUGGGAUUCCAGAGUGGAGCGCCGCUGCUCGAAUAAAGGCAAUACUGACAAAAAAGCAGAAGGUCCUAGUAAUUUUCGAUGAUUUAUGGGGACGAGUAACUUUGGAGGAUGUGGGAAUCCCCUUAUCUGCAAAUAAGCAAAAGCAACCUGUAGGGGAAAAGGAUGAUGAAAGCUCAGCUGAACAACAAAUUUUAGUAUGUAAGGUUUUGUUGACCUCCAGAGAUCACUCUGUUUUAUCAGGUGAUAUGGGUACUGAAAAAGAAUUUCUAGUUGGUCAAUUAGAAGAUAAUGAAUCAUGGGAGCUAUUUAAGAAGAUAGUUGGCAAGGAUGUUGAAAGGCAGGAGUUGCAGCAGAUUGGAAGGGAGAUUGCAAAAGAAAGUAGAGGAUUGCCGAUUGCUGUUGCAACAAUUGCAAAUGCUUUGAAAAAUAAGAGUGUACAUGAUUGGAAGGAUGCUCUGCUGGAAUUGAAAAGACCUUCUCCGGAUGGGAAAUCUGCAAAAUUGUUUUCAGCUGUAGAGUUCAGUUUCAAGCACUUAGAAAGAGAAGAACUCAAGCAAACAUUCUUGAUGUGUAGUUUGCUAAGCCAGAAUGCUUCAAUUGAAGAGUUGGUUAAAUAUGGUGUGGGUUUGGGUUUAUUUCUAAAUGUCCGCACAAUAGAAGAAACACGAAACAGAGUAUUGUCAUUGGUUGAUCAUCUCAAAGCGUCUUCUCUGUUGGUAGAUGGUCGUAGCAAAAUGUAUUUUGACAUGCAUGACCUCAUUCGGGAUGUUGCUAAGUCAAUGGCUUCUAGGAACUAUGGUGUGUUUACUACGAGAGAUGAAGACAUGCAGGAAGAUUGGCCAGACAAAGAGGUAAUGACAGAUUUGAAAUGGAUUUUUUUAUCCAAUGGAGAUGCUUGCGGUGGUCUGCUUCCAGAUAAGUUCAAAUGCCCCAAGCUUACUUUCUUUCAUUUGUCCAACUACUCUCUAGCAAUUCCUGCAAAUUUUUUUUCAGGGAUUGAAAAACUCAGAGUCUUGGGUUUGACAAAGAUGAAUUUAUCCCCCUUGCCUGUGUCUAUUACCCUCCUAACGGACCUUCGCACGUUGCGUUUUGAUCAAAGUGUGCUAGGAGACGAAGACAUAGGUGCCAUCAUAGGAAAGCUGAAGAAUUUGCAAGUCCUCAGCCUUGCAGGAUGUGAAAUUGAAGAGCUGCCAAAAGAAGUAGGGAGUUUGACCGAGCUAAAGUUGUUAGAUUUGAGUGACUGCACAAAAUUGAAAGUAAUUCCACAAGAAGUCUUUGCAAGUUUGUCCAAACUACAAGAGCUAAAAAUGGGAAACAGCUUUUACCAGUGGGAUGUCAUGGAGCAUGGGAGGCAAAGAAAUGCUAGCCUUGCUGAGUUGACACAGUUACCUAGACUAACAGCUUUAGAGUUACGUGUCCUUGAUGUUCAAACGAUCCCUGGAAAACUAGAAAGAUACAAGAUAUUGAUCGGUGAUGUGUGGAACAACUGGAAUAGUUCGUUUGAUAGCCCAAAAGUAUUGAAGCUGCAGAUGAAGGCACACAUAAGAUUCGACAAUUCAAUUAAACGGUUGUUGAAGAUGACUGAAGAGCUACAUCUAGAGGAGUUGAAUGGCGUAAAGAAUGUGGUUGAUGAGUUAGAUAUUAAAGGUUUUCCAGAUCUAAAGUAUCUCUAUAUUCGUAAUGCUCCAGAGCUUCAUCAAAUUGUUAACUUAAGGGGAUGGGGUCCUUUCAAUGCAUUUCCCAACUUGGAAUUUCUGUUUCCAAACCUAGAGGAGCUGCAAUUGUCAUGGAUUAAUGUUGACAUGAUAUGGAUAACAUCUUACUGUGUAGAGAACGUGACGAAAUUGAUCAUUCAUGGCUGCCAUAACUUGAAAUAUCUAUUCUUAUCCACCAUGGCUAGAAGUCUAGUGAAGCUUGGACACCUUGAAAUAAGGGAAUGCAAGAUGAUGACAAAGGUUCUUUCUAAAGAGGAUGAAGAAGGAAAGGGGAAUUUGAUUUUCCCUGAGUUGAAAUUUCUACAGUUAGUGCAACUCCAAAACCUUGUUAGCUUCUACUUUGGAGAUUCUACCAUUGAGUUCUCAUUCUUGAAUGAAUUGAUUGUAUGGAACUGCCCUGAGUUCAAGGGUUUCGCAGUUAUGUCUACAAGCACAGAUGUUGCAGCAGAUAUUCAGCCCCUCUUCAACGAACAGGGUGCAUUUCCCAACCUAGAAAAAAUUGCCAUCGCUCACUUGCAGAACUUAACAACCAUAUGGCAUGACAAAAUUCAUGCAAAUUCCUUUUGCAAAUUAAAGUCAUUAGAAGUCAUAUGCUGUGAGAAGUUAAUGACUAUUUUGCCAUCUAACAAUAUUCUGGCAAGUUUCUGGACAUCACUGGAGGAGUUAAGAAUAUAUAAUUGUAAUUCACUAGAGGCGAUAUUUAAACUUGGAGAAAUCAACGCAAACCAAAGAUCUGUUGUGAUAGACACCCAGUUGAAAUUGUUGGACAUUAAGAGUUUGCCAAGAUUGAAGCAUGUGUGGAACAAGGAUCCUGAAGGAAUUCUCACUUUUCAAAACCUUGAGUCAGUGCGUGUUUUUUCUUGUCACAGUCUCAGUCAUUUGUUUCCCGCCUCGGUAGGCAAGGCCCUUUCACAACUCCAAACACUGGAUAUAUUGUUUAGUACUGGUUUGGAGGAAAUCGUUGCAGUGGGAGGAGGAUUAGAAGCCGCUGUUAAGUUUGAGUUUCCUCAAGUGUCCUACUUGCGCCUUCACCGCCUACCAAGACUUAAAUAUUUUUACCCAGGGAAACACAAUACAGAGUGGCCAAUGUUAAAGAAGUUCUACCAUUAUGAUUGCGGCCAAAUGAAGAAAGCAAAUGGGGCGGGCCAACCAGACUUCCCUGUUCAACAACCACUUUUUUCCAUGGAAGAGAUUAUACCUCAAUUGGAGGAGUUGUCCUUAACGGAAGAUGACAUCUUAAUGAUAUGUGGUGAAAUCAAACUUAAGGAGAACCUCUUUUUCAAUAUCAAAGUUCUUCAGAUCCAAGACCAUCUUGAUAAGUCAGCUGUUUUACCAAUUUGCUUUCUCAAUAGAUUCUCCAAUUUAGAGAAGCUUCUUUUGAGAAAUUGUUAUUUCACAGAGUUAUUCCCUUCAAAAGGAGAGCAUGUUGGUAACCAAGAGAAACAAGCUGAGACUAAGGUACUCUCAAGGAUUAAAACACUAAGGCUGAAUGACGUUCAUAAUCUGAAGCAUAUAUUGAGCCAAGAUAUUUCAAUUGUUCUUCAAAAUCUUCAAACCCUUGAAGUAUGGAGAGCCAAUGGUUUGCCUUGUUUAUUAACAUCAAAAACAACAUCUUUCCAUAAUCUUACCACUUUGGAUGUGUGGCUAUGUCAUGGUUUUAUGAUAACAUUGGUUUCAGUCCCAAUGGUUCGAAGUCUGGUGCAACUGGAAGAUAUGACUAUAAGGAAAUGUGACAACCUUACUGAAAUAGUUGGACAUGAAGGAGCUAGAAUAGAAGAUUCAGUUAUUAAUUUCAACAAAUUAAAAGUUUUGAAACUUUUAUCUUUGCCAAGAUUGGGAAGCUUCUGUUCGGAGAAUUUCAUAUUCAACUUCCCAUCUUUAGAAAUGGUAAUUGUGGAUCAAUGCCCCAAAUUGAAGAUCUUCAGUGAGGGAGACUUGAACACACCACUAUUGCAGAGAGUAGAAUUAAUUGAAGGAGAGGAUAAGUCAUGUUGGGCAGGUGACUUAAAUACCACCAUACAAAGAAUGCACACAGAAAUGGUUGGAAUUGCUGGGUUAAAGAAAUUGAUACUGUCAGACUUUUCUGAAUUGAUUGAAAUAUGGCAUGUUAGGAGGAGGCCCCAAGAAAUUUUGGAUUUCAGACUGCUUAAGUAUCUACAGCUCUAUAAUUGUGCCCAGCUCUCAUACUUGUUAACCCCUUCCAUGGUAUUUUGCCUUGUGCAACUCGAAUUUAUAAGCAUAAAGAACUGUGCUAUGAUGGAGCAAGUGAUAAUGGGAGAUGGAGAAGAAAGUAAGAUGAUAUUCCCACAACUAUGGAAGAUUGAGCUAGAGUCUUGUUCAAAUUUGAUAAGUUUCUAUGUGGGAAGUCAUGGUCUUGAGAUUCCAAGUUUACAAGCAUUUUCUAUAGAGGAAUGCCAAAGGAUGGUUACGUUCGCUGCUUUUACAUCGUCUGGAGAGCAUCAAAAAGAGACAUUUCAUCAAUACUUUUUCAGCAGCAAGGUUGAGAUUCCUCUGCUGGGGGAGCUGACGUUGUCCUCAAUUAAGAUACAACAAAUAUGGGACUGUGAACUUCCAUCAGUGUCUUCGUUUGCUCAAAAUUUAAGAGAGCUUAUUGUGACUGAUUGUGUCAAUUUGAGAUAUUUGUUCACAUCCUCCAUGGUUAAAGUUUUUACACGGCUUGAAAAGCUGGAGAUUUAUAGAUGUGAGGUGAUGGAUGUGGUAAUAUUGAUAGAAGGAUUAGAGGAAGAAGAAGAAGAAAGGAUGCGCCAGACAAUGUUCCCCAAACUAGGGACGCUAGUGCUCACAAAGCUACCCCAGCUCAUCAGAUUUUGCUCCAACGGUAAUUCUCAAUUAAGAGAAAGAUCUGAAUCUCAAGGACUCAACCCUAGUGGAUCACAACUAGUGCCAGUCAUCCAAUCAACUUCGGAGCGUACAGAAGCCACUAAGCUUGUAUUUCCUCAAGUAAAAUACUUGGAACUUCGCGACCUGCAGAAAUUCAAGAGUUUCUUCUCUCAAAUGCAAAUCAUAGAAUGGCCAUCAUUGAAAAGAAUGUAUGUCUGCGAAUGUGACGAAGUGCAGAUAUUUGCUUCAACAUUUCCAUGCAUCAAUACAGCACGCAGAAACAACCAACUUGAAAGUUGUACUCAACAUCCCCUGUUUUGGAUUAGCCAGGUACGUACAUUACAAUAAUAAAAGUAAAAAAUAAAAAAAGCAUCCAUGCUCAUCAUUCUGGCUUUUAUAAUGAAAAGAAAGAGAGUAUGGGAAAAGUAAGAAAUGACGAAAACUAAA